GCAUGUCUGGACGCACUCCUGCAGGAGAUGCUGUGCUCAGAGUGAUGGGAGACAGCAGGAGGACAAACAUCACUCUCCACCGCCGGCUAGCACAGAUGUGAAGAUGGCGUCGUGCCCGGAGUUGUGUGGCUCGGAGUACGGUGAGGGAGGGCCUCAGCGGUAUGGCGUUCGCUCCUACCUGCACCAGUUCUAUGAGGACUGCACCUCCUCCAUCUGGGAGCGUCACCAUGAUGAGUUCCAGACGCAGAGAUCACCCAGCCGGUGGAGCUCUGUCCUCUGGAAGGUGUGUGUGGCGGUUGGAGCGGUGAUAUUGGUCUCAGGUCUGUCGGUGCUGCUGGUGGGUUAUGCCACGCCCCCACGCCUGGAGGCAUUCGGAGAGGACGAGUUGCUGUUCGUGGAUGGUCGAGCCGUGCGCUUUAACCGUGCCCUAGAUGCCUGCAAACUGGGCGGAGCCGUGCUCUUCUGUGUGGGCGGAGCCGGCGUGGCAGCCGGUCUCAUCUUGUUGGCCGCCUGUGGACAAGGCGGAACUAAAGAUGAUCUCCGCCUCCAGCGGCGCUUCAAAGAGCGACUAGCGGAGAUCCAGGCAUCUGUCCCUAACUCCGGAGACGCCAAAGUUCCUGUCACGUUGUCCAAAGUCCAGAACAUCCAGCCUGGUGCUGAACCCUGACCUCCACGGACACUUAGCCUUCCAUUAUUACACAACGCGUCAUGUUAUUGUAGUAGAGCAGCACACGUUAACACCAGAGAUCGCUGCAUCAAUCAUGAUUCAGGAAACAAACACAAAGUGAUGCGUCCAGUCCUGGUUCUGUGUAGCUCAAGUAAAUCCGACUUUAAACAACCGAAAACUAAAUUCAUGAAGUGUAAGUGACGAUGAUCGUUAUUGACUGGUUUUGUUAUUGAGAUACGCUGUAUAGUGAAGCUAAGCACAUUUGUGAACUAUCAAGAAAGGAUCGAAUAAGCUUAGCAUAACAACCUACUAGCAGCCGCUAAUCGUUGCUGUUACACAUUUCUGUUAAAUGGGAAACUCUGACCUGACUGUCUUAAUGAUGCUAAUGUAGUAUUUACGUUGAGAAAAGAGACAGGAUAUUUCACAUAAUUAAACUGCGACAGUUAUAAAAUCUCAUCUGUAGCAGUUUAAUUAUUAUAUUUAAUAUCAUUUCAUGAGCCGUUAAUGUGUAGUUACCUCAUGCUGCAUUCCUGCUAGCAAGCGACAGCAAAAUGGACUUUUACACAGAAUAUAUAAGUACUGAUUUUCAGGAAGUGCCAUGCCCACAACCAACCAACUACAAGCAACGUGCUGCUUGAUAGCGUGAAUUUUCGGCCGACUUUAUAUAGGUUUCAUUUAUUGCUUUUUUUCAGGGACAACUUUUUAAGUCACUUUUGUUUUGCGAUAACAUCAUCCUCAUCCUCAUCAUCAAUCACCUACGUAACUGUCAGCGAUAUAACCGUACAAUUAUUUCCGCCUUCUGAACAACACAUCGUCUGAUCUGAGCCGAUUUCUCCAAACACGCUAAUCACAAAGCCAACCCGGAAUAUUGGUUAUUUACGUCUAUCAUUAAAAAUUUAUAUUCAAGUUGCAUAAAAAUAAUGCUCAUGAUAAUGAGCUGCUACUGAUUUUAAUUUUCUGAUAAAAUUCUGUAAAAAUAAUCAGAAUUCCUUCAGCAGCAGUUAAAGGUUUUAUUUACGGAGCACAGUGAUGACGGGAUGGAACUAACGAGUAAAUCCAUCAUUUUUAUUGGUCCAAAUCAAUCCAUAAUUCAUAUUUCUCUUUGUCUGAGUUUAAAGUCUGCUUUGAUAUGGAGUUUUUGUGUAUUAAGUAUGAGCCCCAAAUCCGGAUAUUAAUGCAGGAAAUCAGGAAAAAAUAAUGAAAAAAGCAAUUUUUACAAUUAUCUAGAACUUUCUUCACAGCAUUGUGUUUGUUUGUUUUUUGCGUUUCAGCAGCGUCACCGAGUGAAGCCGAGUCUGUCGGAUGGUUUCUGUGUACCAUAUUGGUAAAGACAAUAAAAGCCAGGUCUCCA